GCACGGGUGUGUGGCUUCGGUCCGACUCCGGAGGAGGGGUUGCCACCCUUCUUCGGGGAUAACCUGUGUUCGCGGCUAGUCCUUAUACCUGGACGUGGGAGGACCUCUCAGCGGGGGAGGACAGGAAGGUAGCCGAGUGAGACGACGCUCCUUCUCUGGUCCAUUUGAUCCUGCUGGGCUCACAGGCAUCUUCUUCUUGCAGAGUAAGGAUGGUCUCUCGAGUGGCCAAAUAGUGAAGGUGACAAAAUUAUCUCUCUUUGAUUAGGGUGAAUGAGCCUAGAAGCGGUCCCGGAAGGGAUUAGCGUAAGAAGCUACGGUGGGGUCGACGUGUGGUGCUAUACCGUCCGCCUGUGGACGGGAGACUUUGACGUGGCCAUCUAUGUAGAAGAGGGGCGAGACCAGGGAGAGAAUUUCUUUCGCGGAUGGGAGGCGGCGGUCAACGACUCCCGUGCGGCUAGAGCCGGCGAAAUCAAGAAGCAUAAAACCGUGGUGGAGAAAGUGAAACCUGCUGCGGUCAGCCGGGAUAGAAUGGGGGAAACUUCGAUAUUGGAUGAGGAAAUCGCCGAUAUCAUCCGAAAGAGGAAGGAGACCGAUGGGCAAAGAAUUACGACCGAUAGGUUGGCAAAAAUGGAUAUAGGGGAUGAGAACCUCACGGAGAAAGAAAAGGAGUACGUAGCGAUGACCCUGAGGAGCUGCGAUAAGGCUAUAGCCUUUGAUGACUCGGGGAGAGGAAGGAUCGACCCGAGGUAUGCUAAGCCCGCCCGGAUCCACACGAUCCCUCACGUACCUUGGAAAGACAGACCCCAAUGGAAGUAUGCUCAAAAGGAGAAGGAGGAGAUAGUGGCCUUUAUCAAAGAAAAGAUAAGGACGUUCGUCACGGAGCCUUGUGAGAGUGCCUACUCUAACAAAUGGUUCUUUCUGAGGAAAGGGGGUAGCAACAAGUUGAGGUGGAUUCAGAACCUCCAGAGGACCAACGCAGUCACUAUAAGGGACAUGGGAUCCGUACCUGAGGCUGACCUACUUGCGGAAGGGUCUGCAGGUUGCUCCGUCUACUCAAUCUGCGAUCUCUUCUCGGGCUAUGACGAGAUCCCCUUGGACUACCGAGAUAGCCACAUGACCGCCAUGUACACGCCUCUAGGGCUGGUACAAAUGAUGGUAGUACCUAAGGGGUGGACGAACGGCGUAGCAGUGUUCCAAAGGGCCAUGAUAAUAGUCCUCAAGGAAUUCAUACCGGAGAAGGUGGAAGUCUUCCUUGAUAACUUCCCGAUAAAAGGACCGGUCGAGCGGGACGAGACGGAGGUCUUCCCCGGGGUGAGAAAGUUCGUGGUAGAACAUAUGAAGGGUGUCAGAGAAGUCCUUGCUAAGUUGGAUGACGCCAACCUUACUGUGAGCGGGACAAGGAGCCACUGGGGGGUGUCGGCGAUCAAAAUAUUGGGAUUCGUCUAUGACAAGGAGGGGCGGCGGCCCGAUUCUGCUAAGUUAGAGAAGUUAAUGACCUGGUCGUCACCACUUAAGUCAAUCACGGAAGUUAGGCAAUUUCUAGGGGUGGUGGGCUACUGGAGGAUCUUUAUAAAAGCCUACAGCGAGAAGGCGGAGCCACUUAGACGACUGCUUAGAAAAGCUGAAGGGUGGACUUGGGGAGAAGAACAAACCGCGGCCAUGAAAGCCCUUAAAGAAGAAUUCCGCGAAGGAGGACAGGUCCUAGGCGUCCCCUUCUUCGAGGACGAGGAGAACCGCCCGUUUGUAGUUGUUACGGACGCUGGACCUUGCUCCGUGGGCGAGAAGGUCCACAUUGACGUAGUAACCAUGCUUAAAGGAGUCGGCGGGCUUCGAUACAUAAUCAAUGCCCGUGACGACCUCACCGGAUUCGUAGAGGCUAAGGCUAUUAAGAAGAAGACGACCGAAGAGGUGAGCAACUUUAUCUUAGAGUACAUCGCAAGAAAGCGGAAAGAGAGAGAAGGGAGAGAGAAGGUGUUCUUUGAGAGUGUGAGGAGGGGUAAGAGGAGUGUUCGUCCAAAAGUGAGCAAAGUGCGGACCCCUCUUGAUAGAUCUACUGACGCUGUAUCCUCCAGCAUGGUAGACAUCACAUCCGAGCAAUGGAAGGCCAUGCUGGACGCAGCGACCGAGAAUGAGAAACCUUUCUUUCAGAAACUUUAUGAGGGCGCAAUGCACAAAGAGAGGGAGGGAGAGGCAGCAGCUAAAGCCACAAGUAUUGCUACACAAGUGGCCCUCCUCGAGGUUCCGGAAUCUGGUGAUGACCGGUUCCAAGAGAAGCUAGCUGCUGUCGUAGCAGCCUUGAUUCGACUGCGGACCUUAGAAGAUAUCGAGUCCCGUGUGACAGCUCAAGAGAAGCGAAACCAAGAGUUGCACGCUGAGAUAGUCAGCCUCAAACAGUCCCAACUAUCUGCCCCCCGUCCUCCUAAUCCUCGACCUGCUGCAGUCCCAGUCUCUCACCCUAGCACAAUCUUCAUGUCGAGAGCAAGUGGAACUGUGACAAGCGCAGAAACCGGUGCCAGCUCCUCAAGCGACAGGGUUGGCAGCUCUGCACUGGUCCUAGUCCCAAAUGCAGGAACAUCAGCCCAAAACGCUGCAGUUCUUACUGGCAUACAAUACAACGGUCCCGUAGUGGACAAGAGGGCGGCCACUCUGCCGUCCAAGUACGACGGGAAGGGGGACAUCACCUCUUGGAUCAGCUCCAUGCGCUCAUACUUCGAGGUUCUGCGAACACCGCAGGAAGACCGAAGCAUGAUCAUGGGCACAAAUACUGAGCCCGGCGUACGGAGUUUCAUAGAACUCCAAGCUGUUACUGCACGUUAUGAGAGGAUUGACCUGACUAAGUGGCUGAAAGUGACUCCUGUACGUACUCUUGAGGACCUCCUCAUCGCGCAGUAUCAAGAUAAGCACGCUGCGCUCAAGGCAAGGCUGAAGCUUGAGGCCCUCAAGGGCCAAAAGUGGAGGACUUCCAUGCAGGCUUUGGAGCAGCACUUGACUGGUAUGUUCACCACUCCAAACCUAGGAUGGACUGACGUGUCUUGCAUGGACGUAGUAAUGGGAGUGGCCCCUGAAGGUUAUGUCUCACGGCUAGUACCCAAGGACCAUACGACUUGGCGUGAGCUACUGACGGAUCUAGUCAAUCUAGAAGCCAAGGACCUCGCCAGGCCUGCAAAGGCACCCGCUGCAGGUAGAACCUCGCGAUGCAAGCGGUAUGAAAGCAGCAACCAGCUUGCCCUGCAUGAACAUCGGGAGGUUGAGGAUCAGUCCUAUGCGGAUGAUUUGUCUCUAGAUGACGAUCUAGAGCCGGACUCCGAUAUGGGCUGUUCUACAUCAGCCAUUGAGUCUGACAUAAAUGAAGAAGAAAAAUGUAAUGCCUUCAAAAAGACUGCUUCAAGCAAGGGGCCUAACCGUGGUUCAGGUAGGGGAACUAUAACACACCUCCCCAAGAAUGCGAAGAUCCCUGAGAAGCCGGAGGAUGCUUCCACCAAGCCUUGGGAAGCCCUGCGCAUUAACCAAAAGGAAUGGGAGAGAAAAUCCAAACUGCGAGUGUGCUUGCAUUGUUAGAAGCCUGGGCAUGCUGUGCAUGAAUGUUAUCGUCUGCAGGGAAACAGGAAAAGGGCGUAGAAGAGUCAUCAACACUCUCUACAAGAAGGGAAGUUGAACAGUCAGUUGCAGGCCCCUCCGAGGAGCCUGAAUCUGAUCAACAGCUUGCUCUUGAAGCCCGAACUUAUGCUGAAUCCAAGGCUGGUGCAGUCCAAAUACUUUACACUGUGCCUUGGGAAGAGACUAAGGAAGUUGGCUUCCACUCUCACCUGGAACAUUGGCUGCARCUCAAGCAGCAACGCCGUGUUCAAGGGAGUGUGAAACUGACCUUCUUUAAAUUGCUCAUUAACUGCCGAUACAUCGCGUGCUGAUUGAUAGUGGCUCAACGACUAACUUCUUUUCUCCUAACGGGAUUCAUAUGGCGAGCCUGAGAAUGAAGCAAGUGGAAUUGC